AUGGCACAAACGAAACCGGCCUUUCUCGCAAGCGACUACCCAGACGGUCGUCAGGCCGGCCUGGAGGUCGGUUACUCGGCGACAACCGGACAUUUCGGCCCCAGUCACGCCUUCUCAGUGCCACUCACACACCAACAUUUACAUCCACAACCACACCAUCACCAUCAACAGCACCAACACCAACACGAACAUCAGCAUCAACAUCUACUCCACCAGUCUCACCAACACCAACAACAUCCAGAGGCGAACGUCGACCCCGGCUCGCAUUCGCACCAUCAGCUCGCCCACCAGCAACAGGUGAUGCUCUCUCACCUUUCGCAAGACAACACACACGCACAGGCCGUCUACAACCUGCCUCCGGCCUCAGACUAUCCUGUCCGGGCCUACUUGCCGGGCUUGGAGGGAGGGCACGACGAGGCGGGAAACGACGGCGACGACGACGAAGAGGAUGAUGAGGAGGAGGAGGAAGAGGAAGAAGAGGAGGAGGAAGAUGAAGAGGAGGAGGAGGAGGAAGAGGGCGAGGAGUUUGGAGCAACUAACGUCGCCUCAAGUUCGAGACACCACUCUUCUCUGACGUCUGGCUCGAUUUGUCUUUCAGGAGGACACGCCGCCUUGAACCCUCCGACCCGGGACUCCGGCUCUUUGGAAGCCGUUAGGCCUGCCGACGGACCCGGUCUGUCGCAGGUGACGGCGACGGAGACGGCGACGGCGACGGCGGUGGCGACGGAUACAGCGACGGGAGGACCGCCAAAGUCUAGUGCUUUCUUCCCCGGCGGCGCUGGCUACCGAGCCUACGCCUCAAGCGACUACCGACUGGAGUGCGAAGAAGAGGCGCCCUUUCAGAGACUGGUGAGUAAACUGGUUGCCAACCGUCUGCCUGCGGCAGACUCAAGCUUCACCGGCCUCGGACCGCCGGUCUACGAGGCUCUGCCUCUCGGGGACUACUUGGCUCGAGGUCUGUCGACGCCUGAGGGCUACAUGAGCCCCCGUCUGAUGUCGACCACCUCGGGCCUAGAUACUGAUGCCAUGGCAACACAGCCCGCCGUCUAUCCAGCCGCUUAUUCGGUCUACUCGGGCGCCGGUACCGCCGAGUCGGGCUACGUUUGUCCCGGAGGCGGAGAGGCGACUGCGCCAGUUGGCGACUACCACGUAUUCACCGGCACCGGCUACUCCGGUACCCUGGCCGACUAUCCGGCCGGGUUGACUUUGAGCGUCGGAUUGUCCGGCGCACCGACUUCGACACCGGCCAGAGGCGUGACGACGAUGCUAUCAACGACGGCGACCACAACCACCGGUACCUGGCCACCCGGACGGGGCAGUCUGCUCGACGUCUCCUCCGUCUCCUCCACCUCGUCCGUUGCCUCCACCUCGUCUGGCUCCCUCAGCGCUGAUUCGGCCAGUGAUCCGGCGCCGACGUCGUCCGGUCCGACAGUUAGAACCCGGUCUCCGGCGCUACCGUCGAUGUUGACGAUGCCGUCAGGCGGUUCGGUCGGCGCCUUGGUUGGGGGCUGCGGUGUAUUUGGCCGGUCGCUUCUGCCCUCAGGCUGCCCCGAGGCGCGUACAGACGGUGUGUUGGGUUCGAGUCUCCGAGCGCCUAGCAACCGAUCAACCGAGUUGCCGAGUCAGACGGGCCGACGACGCGAACACAACGGCCCGACAACGCCGGGUCUGACAACGGUCGGCGGCAGAUGGACGGGUCGUAGAAUCGCGUCGGCCAGACGUAAAAGCCUGUCAACGAGUGGCGGUCUCGAGGCUGCCGACGGCAUUGGGCAAACGGAGGUUGACAGAGCGGCAAAGGAGGAAGAAGAGGCGGUGGCAGAUGAGGCAGAAGAGACGGAAGAUGACAUUGACGCAGAGGCUGUGGGCGGCCGACGGACGCUGGGGGCUCGACGUGCGGUCGACUGCUGCCAAAGAGCGAUGCCGCCGAGGAAACGGGGUCGGGCCAGACGGACGAAUGAACCUGUUCGACCAUGCGGCGGAGGGGAUGAGGGCGAACGAGUGAGGGAUCGGGAGCCGGAGCCUGGCGACAUGUCGCCCUCAGUCGAGAGCAGAAGCUCCUCGCCCAGCCACGACUCGGACGCUUCCUUCGACAGCGCUAUUACACACGAAUUAGUCGAGGCCGUAGGCAAGGUAGGCUUUUAA